GGGUGGGGGGUGACAAACAGCCUCCUGGGCGUGGAGGUGUGUCUGGUUUUACCCACUACUGGAUCCUUAGCACUUGGGAAUGGCUGGCUCAGAGAAGGGCCAAAUAAAAGUUUUUUGAAUGAAUAAACGAGUGAUGUUAAGUGUAUAUACAGAGGAGAGAACAGGUAGGAAUAGCCUUGGUGGUCAUGAUGGGUGCUGGGGACAUGGAUGGACAGGAGGGUGUCUGACCCUCUUCCUUCCUGGCCACCUCAGCUCUCCUUGUUCAGGCUCCACGGGCCCAAUGCUCUCCCCAGCUGGAGCAGCCCAGGCCUCCCUGGCAGAUUCCAGAGGCCCCACCCUGGUUCCCAGCCUUCUGAGGCCCCCCUCCCCACCGGGCUCCUGAGGGUGCAGGCCACAGACCCCCUUCCAGGCCUGGUAGAUAUGCUGCGGGUGCCAGGCAUGACCUGCAGGCCUGAGCCAGCCUUUCUGCCCCCUUGUCUGCCCUAGCCCAGGCCUCCUUCACCCUAGGCAAAGUAACAGGUAGACUAGAGAGGCGUGGUCUCCAGGGUUCCUUCACUCUGACGUCCAGAGGUCUGCGAGAAGCUGAGGACCAACCCACAAUCACUAUCUUUCAGAGAAAGUGAAACCUGGUCCCCAACCGUCACCACGGCGACUCCCCCACCCUGGCUUCCCCUCUGAGCUCACAGCUUCCCCAUCUCCUCCGCCCCCCACACCAUCCCUCAACAGCUAGUACUUGGAAUUAGACUUUCAGCUUUCUUUUUUCCUUCAAAGGACUUUUGCCUUUUAUGUCCAUGACAGCAGCAGCUCUGUGAGCCUGAGCCAGGAAAUACUGUUUGAACCCUCCUUUUACAGGUGGGGCCUCUGAGGCCCAGAGAGGUUAAAUGACUUGCCUCUGGUCACACAGUAUGUCAGCCCCCUUGAGCCCUAACCUCCUGUUUCUCUUGCUUUAAGCACCUGUUUUCCCACCGAAGACCCUGUCUGUAAAGAAAGAGCCUAGGUGUGGGCAAUGGGCCUGGGAUAAACAAGGUUGGUUGCAAGGGGUUUGCAUGAUGGGAGAAAGGAGAUGGCUGGGAGCCCCACUGGGGGAUGCAGGUCCUGGGGCCAGAACCACAAUCUCGGGGCUGCCAGCCUGGGUCUGGCUCUGUGCCCAGAGCCCGGUGGUUUCCGCUCACAGAUGUCCCAACAGCCUCAGCAGGAGGGCGGGAAGGGCACUCAAGAAGGAAGAUGUCUCGCUCCCCUCAGUCCCAAACCACAGUGGCUGGUGAGGCUGAUGGCUCCUGGGCCGAGCCUGGCCUGCGGGCCCUCUGAGGCCCCAGUUGGCACACUCUCCCCUCUAUCCUGGGCACAGCUCCCUGCACAUGGCUCGGACCCCCAUGUUCCCUACUCGCCCCAGGAAGGCUGGGGCUGCGGUUUGCAUCAUCCUUGGGCGUGGGGCUGACCUCGAAGAACGAAUUCGAAGAAAACAGGAGGAGGAGCAGGCAUGCCACCGCACCCAGCGCCCAUUGGCCGCCCGUGGAAACUUUGGUUUUUGGGGUCAUGUUCCCAGAAGGCCUGCCCCUCCCCCCCCCACUCCCCACCCACCUCACGAGGUGUUGGCCAAUCGCCCUGGCGGGCAUAAAGUGGCUGCUAGCCCGCAGGGCUCCCAGCCAGGAGGUGUCACCCCCAGCAGGCGCCGGCCGGAGCUCGGGCACCCAGCAUGCGGGCACAGCUUAUGCGGAGGACGCUGCUCAAUGUGGGACACGAAGGGAGAGAAGAGGAAGGUGCAAGAGGUCGAGGACAAUGCUGGCCUUGUGUGACCUGGGUCUGGUCCUCGGACUCCUGUUCCUGAGUACGCCGGCCAUGGGCAGCUGUUUGGACAACUACCAAGAGCUCCUUGGGCAGCUUCAGAAGCAGGCGGACUUCAUGCAGCACACCAGCAUGCUCCUGGACCACUAUAUCAGCAUCCAAGGCCUGGACAAGGAUGGUCUGAAGGAGCACUGUCAGGAGCGCCCCGGGGUCUUCCCCAGCAAAGAUGCCCUGCAGCGGCUCAGCAGGCAGGAAUUUCUGCAGAUCCUUAACAACACACUGGGCCACGUUCUGCACAGACUGAGAACUUUACAGAAGGACAUCCCCAAAGCCCAGGACUUAGAGAAGCUAAAUAUAGCAAAGUUAAACAUUCGCGGGUUCAAGAACAAUAUCCACUGCAUGGCCCAGCUGCUUCCAGGCUCCUUGGAGAAGACUGAGCCCACUCCGACAGGCCCAGGGGCUUCUCCAUCACCCACCCCCAUCUCAGACGCCUUUCAGCGCAGGCUGGAGGGCUGCAGGUUCCUGCAUGGCUACCACCGCUUCAUGCACUCAGUGGGUCAGGUAUUCCGAGAGUGGGGGCAGAGCCCGAGUCGGAGCCGGAGACACAGCCCCCGCCGGGGCCUGCGGAAGGGGACCCACAGGACACAUCUCUCCAGCAGGAACAAAAGACUCAUGCCCAGAGGGUGGCUGCCCCGGUAGCCUUAGGGGUACCCCUGGCAGAUAAAGGACUCACAGGUAUUCUGUAGGAUGGCCCAUCCCCGCUGGCCUCCAAACCUGCUCUCCUCUGUUCCCCGCCCCCCCCCCCGCCCCCGUCAGAAGCGCACUUUAAGGGGUGGGAGCCAAGCAGGCCCCUCUACCUCCUCCAGGCGGGGAGGGUAGGGUCAGGCCAUUGAACCCCCAGCCCUGAGUUCCCCAGUCUCGGUGGGAUGGCCAGGUCAGGCCACGCGGGGCUAACUUUCCAUUGAUUCAGGGGUCUGAUGACACAGGCUGACUCAUGGCCAGACUGACUGCCCCCCCUGCUCUGCUCCCCAGAGGCCUGUCGGCCCUUCCCUCUCAUGACUUGCAGGGCUGUUGACCCCAGACUUCCUCCUUUCCAUGGAGGCAUGGUUCCGAGGGGGAGGUCAGGGCCUGAGCUGGCCUCUUAUGCCUCAUUGCCAGUCUCAGGCCAGACACCUGGACAUCUGGGUGACCUCAUUUUAGGCAGCUGUGACACAGGCAGAGUGUCCUAGAAGAAGUGCUGAUCGGGGUAGGGUGUCUAAAAGUGGGGCUCAAGUGCCCUCUCACUGUGUAGCCUCGGGAAGACCACCUUACCUCUCUGGACUUCAGUUUUCUUUUUGUGAUUCAAGAGGGUUGGGACUGUGUAAAGCCCUCUCUGCUUGCCAGUAGCUGGGAUUCUAUGACAUACAGUGGAUAUCAAAUGCAGUGCAAAUGGACAUGGAGUAAAGACCUAGUGUCUGGAAGUACCCAGUCUUGGGUCCUGGCUGCUGGCUCCUCCCCCUGGUGGUGCAUCAUGAAAUUUUCUCAUGCUGAAGCGAGGGAGUCCCAGAAGCUGCUGGGCCAAUUCUUUGCAGGGAUAUGAUUAAUUUAUCGAUUUUUAUCAGUUUUUAUCUGUUUCCUAUUUAUAAGGCUUAUUUAUGAUAUGUAUUUAAUGUUAAUAUUGUGCCAACAUAUAUUUAAAACUUGCCUGGUUUCUAAA